AUGCCGAUAGUGCGCUUGAAUUCGGACGUUGGUGACAUUGCUCCAGGCACCCCUGUGCCUCCGUUCACUGGAGCCGGUGCCCCUAAUGGUAGCAACUAUAGUGUGUCGCAAUACAACGGUCAGUACGGCGCUAGCCUAUGGAAUAACACAUACGCCCAACAACCCGAUGCUGGAAAUGGAUGGGCGAAUCAGGCCGCUGGACAGUACUAUACUGGUGGCGCAGCUAAUGCGCAAAAUUCUUAUGGUAAUAUGCAGAGUUAUACGUAUGUGCCUCAAUCUGGAGCGCAACCAGCUAGCGCUUCUCAAAGUUCGAGUACAACUUCGACUGGUCCAACCAUCAACCCGCAAACUGGUCAACCGGAUUAUUCUGCUCAAUGGGCCGAGUACUACAGAUCUAUGGGACUACAUGAUCAAGCAGCCCUGAUUGAAGCCCAAAUGAAGCAGAACGCACGCGCAGCCCAGUCGUCGGCAAAUCCACCACCACCGGGUACGACUCCGGCGCAGAACACAUUUUCAAAUGCUUCUUAUCCGGCUACAUCUACAGGAAACGCCACGUCCCAGUACUCCGGCUAUUCAGGUGCACAAACACAGAAUUUUCCCGCCACGGGACAGUUCCAAUCCCAACAGCAGCAGUUUUAA